ACCAUGCCGAUGCUGAAAAGAAGCGUGGAGCCUCAUCAUGUAUGCAGGACAGAAAUCCCAGAAUGCAUUGAGAUUGAGCUGGAGUGUGUGAACAACGCAACGCUAUCAGCCAUCAUACGCCAGCUCAGCAGUCUGAGUAAGCAUGCGGAGGACAUCUUUGCAGAGCUCUUCCAGGAGGCCAGUGUGUUCUACCUGCGGACUGUCUCCCUGCAGGACCGCAUCGACCGCCUGGCUGCCAAGGUCACGCAGCUGGACUCCAGCGUGGAGGAGGUCUCUCUCCAGGACAUCCACCUGCGUAAAGCCUUCCACAGCUGCACAGCUCAGGACCAGCAUUUGGUAUCCAAGGCCAGCAUCCCCACUCCCAUCACUCAGAUGUAUCGCCGUAGCGACAAGCCCCCUCCUCUCGGUGCGCUGACCCAGUACAGGGAGGAUGGAGUGGACGCUCUGAAGCUGUACUCAGACCCCUCCUACUUCUUUGACCUGUGGAAAGAGAGGAUGAUGCUGGCCACAGAGGAGAAGAGAAGAGAGAGAAGGCGACAAAGGGAGCAGAAGCGAGGGAUGCAUGGGACUUUGCCGCGGGAGGUGAAGAGGGUGCGGAAAGUGAGGGAUCGCAGGGAGGAGUGGAACAGGUUGGCUCUGGACAAAGAGCUGCGCCCAGACCGUGCUCACACACUCGCACACACACUCGCUCAUGCACACGCACACACACUCGCACACACACGUGUGCGGCCUGGCCACCACACACACACAAUGGCAGCAACUGUGUGGUUCGCAGGGGAGAGCAGACCUCCAUUCCCAGAUUUCCCUGCCACUCAGCCCAUCAUGACCAAUCACAGGCCUCCCCAGCCAUCUCUGACCAAUCAGCACCCGCCCCCCGCCCCAGAGGGUGGAGCAUGAGUACCAUAGUAUAGGUGGGGAGGUGAGCAUUGCUGUGGUGUACCGCGACACACCUGUACAGCGCCACCCCACCCCACACACAGCUGUGCAGAAUCCCCCCACACACACACUGACACAAACAAACACACACACGCCGGCUCAAACAAACACACAUGUCCAAACUCGGAACUCCACCGUGAAUGGCGGCAGCGCUGUUCCUCCACCUGCUGAUUACGGGAUGAUGGAGUACUACGCCAGCUCUUCUCCUCUCCCUCC